AUGGCAGAUCCAUUGUCGAUCUCUGCCAGUAUUCCAGGAUUGAUGACCAUUGCUGACAUCGUGAUUCGCAACGGGUACAAAUAUAUUCGGGCUGUCCGAGAUUCAGACAAGGCUGUGGCCAAGUUAAUCAGUGAUGUUAAUUCCCUGUCAGGGAUUCUUCACAGCCUUCGAAACAUCGCGGAAGGAUUAGAGGGGGAGAGCGCACCUUUCAUCUCGACAACGCAGGUUCACCAUGUUGAAUCUUGCUACCGAACUCUGCGGAAGAUCAACGACUUGUUGGACAAGUUCGAGCUAUCGAAGACAAAAGGUUUUCUUGAUCAGGCUAAGGAACGUCUAAGAUGGCCGUUAACCCACUCUGAGACGAAAGCCUUGGCAUCAGAAGUUGAGGGGCAUAGAGAAAAGUUGGCCUUGGCGUUGAACGCAGAUGAGAUGUCUGCCUUAAUCAUCCUCCUUGCGAGGCAAGACGCCUUAGGAACAACUCUGAAGUGGUUAGAUGACGCUCGGAAAGAAAUCCUGGAAUGGUUGGUUCCUGCGAAUAUCGACCCAAUGAGAAAUCAAGAAUCUGCUGUCACCCUUAGACAACCGGGUACGGGAGUAUGGUUUACAGAUGGUAUUGAAUUCCAAGAGUGGAAACUAAAGAGAAACUCAAAACUCUGGCUCCACGGCAUUCGAUUUGCAUUCUUCUACUGUGACUACAAAGAUGCCGCCACCCAGCAACUAUCGAAUAUCCUUGGCUCCCUAAUCAAGCAACUCGUAUUGCAGAAAGAAGCCGCGUUUGACUUAUUGAUUAUCUUUCACGAAAGCUAUCUCCAGCCUUCAGGUGGCUAUCGGUCACCAAACCCCGAAUCGAUGCUUCGACUUCUGCACCAGAUUACAGACCUAUUCUCUCUGACGACGGUGCUUAUCUAUGGUCUAGAUGAGAUUACAAGCAACCGUUUAGAUGCUAUCAAUGUCAUCCAACGAAUUCAGCAAGAUCACCGUAGAGUUAGAGCACUCUACGCGAGUCGUCGUGAAGCUGACAUUGAGCAAUCCCUAGGAGGGUACGAACAAGUCUUCAUAGUAGCUAGAAGCAGCGACUUGGAGCUAUAUGUUGCCUCCGAAAUUGACACAAGGACGAGAAAAAGGCAGCUCAAUAUUAAAGAUCCGGACUUGAAAGAGCAAAUAAUGAAGCGUUUAAUUCACGGAGCUGAUGGGAUUGGUCGUGCACUACUCGAAGCCCUGGCUAUCACACCUGGGGAUACCUGUUUCGACCCCAAUGCAAUGACCUCCGAAAACGAGAUUUUACGAUGGUGUAGUAGUCUUGUUCGUCGACGAGCCACAGGUGAUGGGAUCGAACUAGCACAUUUCACAGUCAAGGAAUAUUUGCUGUCUAUUGAACCCACCAAAGACCCAAGGUUGGCUCCAUUCAAGAUCUGUACUAAGGAUAGUAAUCUACUUCUCGGACAAGUUUGCCUCACGUAUCUCAACCUAGAUGAAUUGGGCAAAUCCCCCCUCCAGCGAACAUAUUCGAUGACAUAUGGUCUGAUGACUCCGAUCUGGAGUUAG